UUUCUUGUAAACUCAUCACAACGAUGUCAACCAUGCGAGCAGCCAGUCAGGCUCUCAGAGCGACCGUCUCAAGUGCUCGACAAGCAUCUUCGAGGUCAUAUAUCCUCCCUGCUGCUCGUCCUACAACAGCACUCCAAAGCAGACCCGCGCCGGUCCUCGGAAUCCGGUUCAAGUCCACCUCGAGCGAUUGGGCGAAGAAACCGACCAUCACUUAUGAUGAAUUGAAGCCUAUCACCAGGCAACCGACCGAUGAUGUCCUCAUCAUUGACGUUCGUGAACCAGACGAGGUCAUGCUAGGGUCCAUCCCCUCUUCCGUCAACCUCCCUAUGUCAGAGAUCCAACAGGCCCUACAGAAGAACUAUGACGCAUCCGAUUUCAAGAGGAAAUUCUUCUUCUCCAAACCCUUGCCAGGACAGAAUAUAGUGUUCUACUGUCGGUCCGGAAAGCGAGCGGGGACAGCCGCGGAGAUCGCAGCAGAGAAUGGGUACAAGAAUGUCAGGAACUACGUGGGAAGUUGGCAGGAUUGGUCAAAGCGGGAGGGCUUGGAGGGAGAAGAUGAUGAUUAGGUGGCGGAUCCAAGAUCCGCGGGACCUGCUCGGGUCUCUCUUGCAAUCUAUGGACCCGUAUUCCGCUUCUGCGCACCGCUAGUAGAACUCCUACCUGCAACCGACAAACACCCUCCAAGAAUCGUUGGUUCACCACGAAGAGUCAAACCUCAUACAUUAUAACAAAAACUUCGUGUAUGUAUGCGUACGUGAAAAUGCCGUGUAUGCAAAUGCGCAACCAGCCAUUGGGGC